UCUUCUGUCUGAUAAAUUCCAAUAAAUUUGGUAUUGGAAAUCCAUUUCCAUUUAUUUGAAUAUCAAUCAAUUACUGCCCAGCACACAUUUCCGACAGUCUAUUUCGACGAAAAUUCCAUAUUUAAUUUUUUUUUUUUUUAUUAGUAUGCAGAAAUUAUUCAAUGUUUAUUUAAAUAUCUUUGCGUCUGUGAUGUUGACGUGAUUGUUGAUUUAUUCACUGGGGGAGAAAUAAUCAAGAGGCAUGCUGAGCUGUUCUUCAAUAAGAGAGGAAAUCAUCCGAAUUUAUGCGUUGUGAGUGAAUUGGGUGAAUUAGGGUUUGAAGCUGGAUCGAAUUGAUUUCAAUUUACUUCGAAGAUUGCAGGCGUCCAGGUUUUGAUUUGGGGCUCGAUUUUAUUUAAGUUUCUACUUUAAUUGUGGGGGAUUUUUGUUUUUUUUUUUUGUGAUUUUAUUGUUGUGAAUUGAGUUUCGGUUACUGGGUCACUGCUGGAAUUCAGAAUUAAUAAGUUCAGAUAUUGGGAUUUUUUAUUUUAGGGUUUGUGUUCAUGUGUUUUUGAAUUAUUGACCAAGGAAAGUGGUUAUUGGGAUAAAUUCAUUUCCAAUUUGGGCUUUGUGUCUGAUUGAGUACUGAGAAGGCGUUAGAUUGUCGAUUUUACUAGAAUUCGAAAUCGAAGAGGAUCGAAACUUGUUGCAGCUUUUCUAGUCAGUGAUUUGGUGAGGAAUCUGAGGGAUUCCAUUGUUGAAUUGGUUUUACUUUGAUUGACCUCGUAACUGGAUUAUUUGACGCGUAUUCCGUUUCGUUACUUGGGGGCGGGGGUUACAAAUGGAUAUUGGAGUUGGAAGGAAAUGAGAAUAUUACAAUGAGAGGGAAAAACGGGUUGUCAAGUCCAUGGACUCUCCGAACAGGACAUUCUCCGAUCUGAUAGGGUUACUCAAAUCAUGGAUCCCUUGGCGGGCGGAGCCCACACACGUGUCAAGGGAUUUUUGGAUGCCCGAUGAGAGCUGUAGGGUAUGCUACGAGUGCGAUUCACAGUUCACCUUGUUCAACCGUAGGCACCAUUGCCGCCUCUGUGGCCGGAUUUUCUGCGGCAAGUGUACUUCGAAUUGGGUGCCCGCACCUUCCACCGAACCACCGAACGCUCCACUAGAAGAGUGGGAGAAGAUCAGGGCCUGUAAUUACUGUUUCCGGCAAUGGCGGCAGGGACUGGCGGCACAGCCAGUUGAAAAUGGCGUCCAGGUGGCCAGCCUGGAUCUCAUCAGUAGUUCCACAUCAUUUACUAGUUUCGUUAGCUCUAAGUCGAGUGGAACCUGUGACAGCAGUAGCGUUACGUUUGUUUCAGUGCCACAGUCUGCUGGAUUUAGCCCAAUUUUAUCGGAGGAAAUAAUAAUGGAAACAACUGUAGAAGGACAGAGUGAUGCAGCCAUGGAUCGUGCCGUGGACUUUGGAGAACAGAACCUGUCUCAAAACCAAUCUGGAUUCUCUCCAAACAGAAGUGAUGAUGAAGAUGAAGAAUUUGGAGUGUCUCACAUAGGUUACUUUGGUCGUGUUCACUAUGACGACAUUGACAAAGAAUAUAAAUCACGUAAAGUUCAUCCUGCUGGAGAUGCUGUUGAUUCAAGUAUGGGAAGCUACUCACUACAGAAUAUUAUCGAUUCUCAAGAUCCUGAACAAGUCCAGCAUGUUGAGCAAAAGGAUGUUGAACAUGAUAUUAGUGACGAAUGUGUGGCACCUUCUUUAUACGUGAAUGAAGAUAUGGAUACUGAACCUGUGGAUUUUGAAAACAAUGGAAAUCUCUGGCUCCCUCCUGAUCCAGAAGAUGAAGAAGAUGAAAAGGAAGCACUUCUAUUUGAUGAUGAUGACGAUGAUGAUGAUGGGGAUGCUGUUGGAGAAUGGGGGUAUUUACGUAAUUCAAACAGCUUUGGGAGUGGGGAAUUUAGAAACAGGGACAAGUCAAAUGAGGAGCACAAGAGAGCCAUGAAGAAUGUGGUUGAUAGUCAUUUUCGAGCUUUAGUAGCUCAGCUCUUGCAGGUGGAGAAUAUUACUCCAGGGGAGGAAAAUGACAAAGAAAGUUGGUUAGAAAUAAUCACGGCAUUGUCAUGGGAGGCUGCUACGUUAUUGAAGCCAGAUAUGAGCAAAGGCGGGCAAAUGGAUCCAGGUGGUUAUGUUAAAGUGAAAUGCUUAGCUUCUGGACAUCGAAGUGAGAGUAUGGUGGUCAAAGGAGUUGUUUGCAAGAAAAAUGUGGCUCAUCGACGAAUGACAUCAAAAAUUGAGAAACCUCGUUUGCUGAUACUUGGAGGGGCUCUUGAAUACCAGCGGGUUUCUAAUGCUCUUUCUAGCUUUGAUACUCUGUUGCAGCAGGAAAUGGAUCAUCUUAAGAUGGCUGUUGCAAAGAUAGAUGCACAUAAUCCCGAUAUUCUUCUGGUUGAAAAAUCUGUUUCCCGAUAUGCACAGGAUUACCUUCUUGCAAAAGAUAUCUCGCUUGUUCUUAAUAUAAAAAAGCCGCUUCUCGAGCGUAUAGCUCGGUGCACAGGUGGCCAAAUAGUUCCUUCAAUCGAUCAUCUGUCAUCCCAGAAAGUAGGUCAUUGUGACAUGUUCCGUGUUGAGAAGUAUUUGGAAGAGCAUGGCAGUGCUCAUCAGGCUGGAAAGAAGCUGGUGAAGACAUUGAUGCAUUUCGAAGGAUGUCCAAAGCCACUAGGUUACACAAUAUUACUUCGAGGUGCCAAUGGGGAUGAGUUGAAGAAAGUGAAGCAUGUUGUACAAUAUGGAGUUUUUGCGGCUUAUCACCUUGCUCUGGAGACAUCUUUUCUUGCCGAUGAAGGUGCCUCUCUGCCACAACUUCCGUUGAGUGCCUCAAUCACAGGGGCACUUCUUGAUAAGCCAUCAAAAAGGAUUGAUAGGUCCAUUUCAGUUAUACCGCAUUCUACGGUCCCAGAAAAUGAGAAAUCUCCUGGCCCUCAACCUGUCGGCGAACCACAGAGGUCACGUAGUGUGCCCAAUCCAGACCUUUUGAAAGCAACAAUUGCUUCCAUUCAUGGAGAGCAUGUAGAGACAUCUAACCUUCUUGCUCCAACGAGUUCUCAGCACGCUGAGUGCCUCCCUGCCUCAUCUUCUUUUGAAGGUUUUCAAUAUUCGUCUAUGAACGACCCUUCUCUUGGCCAUGCACUAGGAGAAACAAGCACUAUAGAUUUAGCCAGGACUUUGGAGGCAAAUAGUUUUGAAGGAGAGUUAUUCAGUAAUGAUUUUCAAGAUUCAAAUACCACAUUCGUGUCAAUUAAUAAAGGUGUUUUAAAGAUACCCGCAUUGCAACUUGACUCCAAACCUCAAAUUCUCGAGGAACAUUCUACUUCAAUAGAAGAGUUUGCACCUUCCCCGUCAGACCAUCUAAGCAUCUUGCUUUCCUUGUCAUCUCGAUGUGUGUGGAAGGGUACUGUCUGUGAAAGAUCUCAUCUUCUCCGGAUCAAAUACUAUGGAAACAAUGACAAGCCUUUGGGUCGUUAUUUACGAGAUCAUUUAUUUGAUCAGAAUUAUAGAUGCCGCUCAUGUGAGAUGCCCGCAGAAGCUCAUGUUGAUUGCUAUACUCAUCGACAAGGUACCCUUACGAUCUCAGUUAAGAAACUGUCGGAAAUUCUGUUGCCCGGUGAGAAGGAUGGAAAGAUUUGGAUGUGGCACCGUUGCCUAAAGUGUCCAAGAGCUAAUGGCUUUCCACCUGCAACUCGAAGGGUUUUGAUGUCUGAUGCUGCAUGGGGAUUAUCCUUCGGAAAAUUUUUGGAGCUAAGCUUUUCAAAUCAUGCCGCUGCAAGCAGAGUGGCAAGCUGUGGCCAUUCUCUACACAGAGACUGUCUUCGGUUUUACGGAUUUGGAAAAAUGGUUGCUUGCUUUCGGUAUGCAUCAAUUGAUGUUCACUCUGUCUACCUGCCUCCUGCGAAACUUGAUUUCAACUAUGAAAGUCAGGAUUGGAUAGAACAAGAAUGGAAUGAGGUUGCUGGUCGGGCUGAGCUUUUGUUCUCUGAAGUGCUUAAUGCUCUUCGCCUUCUGGUGGAAAAAAGAUCUGGAUUGAAUCUGCUCAAUAGUGGCAUGGAGGUAUCUGAAUUUAGACGACAUUUAACAGAUCUAGAAGGGAUGUUGCAGAGAGAGAAGUCUGAAUUCGAGGAGUCGCUCCAGAAAAUUUGGAACAAAGAAGCAAAACAAGGUCAACCAGCCAUUGAUAUUCUCGAGCUCAAUCGACUCAGAAGACAACUGGUGUUCCAGUCUUUUGUGUGGGACCACCGCCUGCUCUAUGCAGAUAGUUUGGAUAAAAAGAACAAACCAGACUACAUGGAGCCCACCUUUUCAGAAUCCAACGAGAAACCCCUCUCUGUUACAGAUGAGCUCUUACAUAUUAAUGUCCCAGUUAAGACAGUCGAAGUAUUCGACUACUCUGAUCCUAUUGCAGUGGAAGCAAAACCUGUACCAAUCCCUGAAGAUGGAGAUCAAUCCCCGGUACUUCAUCAAAAAACAGAUGCAUUUUCCAACUCUGAUCCAAUUGGGACAAAAGCCACUGAUGAAUCUGAUACUAUGGAAUCUGAUGUUACUACUCAUCCUAGUACCCUGUCUGAAGGGCAAGCUCCAAUUUGUUUGCCAGAUACUCUCGAUGCAGCAUGGACCGGCAAAAACCACCUUAAUGAAGCAGUUGAAGUCUAUAAUAAUAUAUCGACCGUUGGAUUGUCCGUAAAGCCAGACGUGGAAGACCAUAGGAUCGAGGAUGUAAACGUGAACAUGCCUAAACUAUCCCCUUCACCGUCUUUUAUGGCUUACAAAAGUUCAGACCAAAUUGAAGACACCGCCAGCUGGCUGGGCAUGUCGUUCAUGACUUUCUACAGAUCACUGAACAAGAAUUUCCUAGGCAACGCUCAGAAACUGGACACAGUCGGCGAAUACGACCCCAUUUACAUUUCAUCCUUCCGCGAGUCGGAAAUCCAAGGUGGGGCCAAGCUUCUCCUGCCUGUGGGUGUCAACGACACCGUUAUUCCGAUUUACGACGACGAACCGACAAGUGUCAUAUCCUAUGCGCUUCUUACACCUGAAUACCUCGUCCAGCUGUCAGAUGAGCCAGAGAGGCUGAAGGACACAGCAGACUCGAUUUACUCCAUGCAGUCUCUUGACUCUGCGAGUUUUCAGUCGUUUCACUCGCUGGACGAACUGAUGCUGGAAACUUCUAGAAGCCUUGGAUCUGUAGACGAGUUCAUGCUGUCCUCGACUUAUUCUCGUAACUCCUUGCCUUUGGAUCCGCUCUCUUAUACGAAGGCUUUGCAUGCGAGGGUGUCUUUUGCGGAUGAAGGACCCCAUGGGAAGGUGAAAUACAGUGUUACUUGUUAUUACGCAAAACGUUUCGAGGCCUUGAGGAGGAUAUGUUGUCCGACGGAGAUUGAUUACAUUAGAUCUCUGAGCCGGUGUAAGAAAUGGGGAGCGCAAGGUGGUAAGAGCAAUGUCUUCUUUGCCAAAACUUUGGACGAUCGGUUUAUCGUUAAGCAAGUGACUAAGACUGAGCUCGAAUCGUUUAUCAAGUUUGCUCCUGGAUAUUUUAAGUAUCUUUCUGAAUCAAUUGGUACUGGAAGUCCGACAUGCCUGGCAAAGAUUCUUGGGAUUUAUCAGGUUACAACCAAACACGUUAAAGGCGGAAAGGAGUCGAAAAUGGAUGUGCUGGUAAUGGAGAAUCUUCUUUUCCGAAGAAAUCUCACUCGGCUUUAUGAUCUUAAAGGAUCUACAAGGUCACGGUACAACCCAGAUUCUUCCGGAAGCAACAAGGUUCUGCUGGACCAAAACUUGAUCGAAGCAAUGCCCACUUGUCCGAUUUUUGUUGGAAAUAAAGCCAAGAGACGAUUAGAAAGAGCCGUUUGGAACGAUACCGCUUUUCUCGCUUCGAUAGAUGUGAUGGAUUAUUCGCUGCUUGUUGGGGUAGACGAAGAGAAAAACGAGCUUGUGCUUGGUAUUAUAGACUUCAUGAGACAAUAUACAUGGGACAAACAUCUCGAGACUUGGGUUAAAACAUCGGGCAUUCUUGGUGGGCCCAAAAACGCCAUGCCAACUAUAAUUUCUCCGAAGCAGUACAAAAAGAGAUUCAGGAAAGCAAUGACAACCUAUUUCUUGAUGGUCCCGGAUCAAUGGUCACCUCCUACAAUCAUUCCUAGUAAGUCGCAGACCGAUUUAUUCGAAGAAAACAACAAUGCACAAAGUACAACCUCCGCUGAGUGAAAAAAACCUUAAAACUUGGGAAAUUAAAAUUCCCAUUGCAGUUUUUUUACAUGUUUAUUACGUGCUUCUUGUGAUGUGUCUGUGGAAGCGCCUGUCUGUUGUUUUUCGGGUUUAUGUUUUAGAAUUAGAAUUCAUGAUUAUUUUGUUAGAAAAAAAGAAUUGAAAAAAACAAGGCAAGUUUUAGCCAUGAAAAAAAACCCCCCCACAGGUCUACAUAUUAGAUGACCUCCCCAAAAAAGGUUUUUUUUUUUAAAUAUAUAAUUUUUUUUGUUGUUGUUGUAAACAUGUUUUGUUUUUAGACAAUUUCCCCCCAUUGUUUAUUGGCUUGGAAGUCAAGUGUAUAUCAAUUGGUGAUGUAAGUGAAUUUGUAUGUAUAAUAUGAGGUGUUGAUAUAGUUGAUAAGUUUUGUGUAUUUGGGCUGGUUACUAAUAAUUAUUGUAAAAUGAUAUUUUAUCUCGUAUUUUAAUUUACGGAUAUUUGUCGC